AUGUCUUCCUCGGACCUCACCUUCAUUCUCAUGGGCCUAGCAGGCUACCAACUUGCAAACCGUCUACUGCAUUACGUCGUCAAGCAUUGGAACCCUUCAUUCUACGCAACCCUCCAAAAAGACCCAUCUUCCAAACUUGCCCCUUACUUCGUCUUUCCCCUCGGCAUCCUCUUCACCCUCGUCUCCACCCCCAUUUGCUUGUACGCAUACGGCAAUACGCCUCGAGAAUCAGAUAUCUUCGGCGUUCAACGACCCUUCACCACAGCAGGCAAGGUCUGCCUAGCUUCCCGCGGCAUCCUCUGGGUCUCUGAGCUGCCACUGCUCGCCUACUCCCCCGAAUACGUCACUCAUCAUGUCCUCUCCCUGGCUUCUCUGCUUCUCGUUCUUGUGCGGAAUAUGCCGCGGCGGCCGAUAUACCUGAUCUACGCGGGCCUCAUAACCGAGCUGUUCUCUGAUACCGUCGCCCUCUCGAGGCUGCAUGGGCGUCAUGCGGGCUCCUCUUUGACGUUCAGAAGGGCCAUGCUUGCCAACGUUGUGGGGAUGGUCAACCUACGGAUCCUUCCCAUUGUGGUUUUCACAGCAGGGAUGCAGAAGACGAGCCUUGACUACGUGGGAGGCAUCGUCAUGUACUGCGCCUAUCUCCUCCGACUGUCGUUCUUGCAACUAAAGAUUCUGGAAUUCAUCGAGGGCAACUUAAGUCAGAGAGUUCUGACCAGGGUCUUGGGGAAGUCAGCGAGGCAAGUGGCUACGAACUGGAUGCCCCCACCAAAGACUCUCGUCAUUUGUGCUGCAAUCACGAUUGCGCUGUCCUCAGCGAUUGAGUACUCUGCCGCUUCUCAGGCUACCUAUACCGUAAACGAAGUCUAG